UGUCUUGCUUCAUGCGUGUCGUUUGCACUGUGUGUCAGCUGGUCUGUGGGUGGAAAUGGGACAUCUGUUUCCACAGAGGGAUCCCUGGUACACAGUGGAAAAUGGACAAAGAACUGGGCCGGAUUCUGUUCCUGGUGCUGCUUCUCUGUCGCAGAGGCAACACACAGUCACAAACCUUGUGUCCGUACCGCUGCCUCUGUUUCACUUCAGUCCAAAUCCUGUGUUCUGAUGAGCGGAUGAUAUCUCUACCCAGGAACAUGUCCAGGCAGGUCAAGGACUUUAUCCUGGUCAAUUCAGCCGUAUCGUACCUGUUCUCCCCCACGUUAGAGGAGAGCCCCCAACUCACAAAGCUUAUCUUCCUAAAUAAUGCACUACGAAGUGUUCACGCUCAGGCGUUUGAGCAUCUGACGGAGCUGCAGGAGCUGGAGAUCAGUGGGAACCCCUGGCUGGCGCACUUAUAUUUGGGGACUUUCUCAAAGCAGGACAACUUGACUAAACUGUUGCUUAACUUCAACGGGUUCAAGACGGUGCUUCCUGGCAUGUUUGAUUCUCUUAAACAGCUCGAAACUCUGCAGAUGAAGGGAAACAUCAUAUCAGAUCUGCCUACAUUCCUUUUCCUGAACCUUCAGAAUCUGCGUGUCCUGGAUUUGUCGCAAAAUAAGCUUGGUCUGGCGAGAUUGGAGAUCCUGAAGAUGAAGAACAACCUCAUCAGCAAUCUGACAUCUAACCUGUUCCACAAUAUUUCUCAGCUGAUUGAGCUGCACUUUGAGGGUAAUAAGAUAUCAGAACUCGCUGACGAUAUCUUCUUUGUGUUAACCAAACUGAAGGUGCUGAACCUCCGUGGAAACCUUCUUACAACGUUCAGCGAUAAAGUGUUUGGAUUCGAGACAACACAUUUGAUGGAGCUGAAUCUAAAAGGGAACAGAUUGACUGAGCUGUCCUCUCUAGGAAGUUUGACGUCUAUAACCGACCUUAUCUUGUCCUCUAACCAUCUCUCCCACCUUCCUGAGGACGUUUUUAUAAAUGUUACAGCCCUGGAGAAUCUUGAUCUGUCUGAAAACCAGCUCACCCGGCUGCCUGAGAUGAUAUUUCAUGAUCUAGCUCGCAUCAAAGCAAUCAAUCUAAACAAGAACAACCUGAGCAAUGUUGAUGGCAAACUGUUUGAGGACCAGCUUCUCCUUCAGCAGCUCUACCUGUCUGACAACCAGCUGGGAACUCUCCCACAGGGUCUUUUCGACCCGUUUGUCAUCCAGCACACAGUGAGACUGCACGGGAACCCCUGGAAGUGUGACUGCCGCAUGUCGUACCUGCACGACUGGGUGCUGACGAACAGCAGAGAUGUAGAGAUGCUCGACAGGGUGGUCUGCGCGAGCCCCGGCUAUUUGGGGAGACGGGCAGUCGUCUCAAUCGACAAGGAGCAGCUGGUGUGUCCGGUGUCGAGAGACGACGUGCCUGAUCUCAGGGGCUGUAGCCUUCAAGCUGUCGGUGACACUGUAAUCAUCAACUGUAAAAUGGAUAAAUGUUCUCCUCUGACAGUGAAGGUGCAGUUUCAGGAGGAUGACGGCAGCAUUAAGGAGCAUAUUUUGAGAAAUGAGCCGAAAUGCCGUAAUGAGACAAUAACCGAGAUCCCUGUUUAGGAGUUUUUAUUCUUCUUCAGACUUUGUUCUCUGUGCAUUCAGCGGUUUUUCAUACAAAGAGUCACAUAUAUGUCACGGUCAAUACUCUAAACAGACAUAUAACUCACCACCUGAUGUGCAUGCUGCUGAAUGAUAAGCGGGGUGGAUGAACCUUUUUCUUGUAAAGUUCAAAGUUCAACCCACUGCUUAUUAAGAUCACUGCUAAAAGGAACUUUGAGUAAUCCUCUGCUGACAUGUUGAAUCUCAGUAGAUGCUUGUGGAUCCAUUGUUUACGUACACUGGCAUUGUCAAACCGAACAUCAUCAGAACAAGUACAGACUAUUUAGGAGUGUUUUAAAACAGCUGCUUUAAGGUCAAUAAAAUGGAUUAUUUGCUUCUAA